AAUAAUUAUUUUUAUUAGAAAGAGAAAAUGAAAAAGAAAAGGAAAGGAAAAAUAAAAUAACGGAAAAAAAAACGCGGCCGCUGUAUACACCAAAAACCAGAGAGGGAGACUCUUCCUGCUAAUCGAUUCCAGCUACAGAGAUCGCACCAAAGCAACUCCAAACCUUCAGGUCCCAGAAAUCAUUCGGGUUUUGACGAAGAUCUUUUUAUUUAAAUUGCUUUAGUUUCUGGAAUUUAAAUAUCCAAUCUCUGGGUCGGUGGCAUCAAUUUGGAUUUUGUGAUCGGGUCCGAUUUUGAUCGUUACAUUGGUAAUCUCCGGUGGGUUUUGGUAAAUGGGUCAGGUCCGGUUUUAUGUUUGGAUUUGCGAAGGGAGAGGUCUAAGUUUGCAAGCUUGAUUGGUUGUCCCUCUAACAUUAGUAUAUUCUUGUUUGAUGAUUGCUUUGGAGACGAGGGAUGCGAGAAAGGAGCUAGGGUUAGGGUUUGGCGUCGGGAGAGAGAUGGAGGACACUGAGCUUGAAGAAGGGGAGGCUUGCUCGGAACAUAACAACAACGAUGAUGAUUAUGAAGCAAGCAUGGACCCAGAUAUUGCUCUCUCUUACAUUGAUGAGAAACUUCAGGAUGUCCUGGGACACUUUCAGAAAGAUUUUGAAGGUGGAGUUUCAGCAGAGAAUUUGGGGGCCAAGUUUGGUGGUUAUGGUUCAUUUUUACCUACCUAUCGGCGUUCUCCUGUUUGGUCUCACCCGAGAACUCCAAAAAUUCAGCACUACAACUCUCCUAGAUCUCCAAACAAUUCGCAACUGGAGGGUAGCUGUCGUGGCUCAGUUUCUUCAUCGGCUGUGCCUCAAUCAGUAAAACUUGAACCUGUUUCUUCUGGUGCAACUUCACUGGCUACAUCAAAAGCAUCUUCCUCCAUGCUUGUCUCAGUUAAACAGGAAGGAGGCAUGUUGACCACUAAUAUAGCUAAGGAACAUGCUCUGAGAUAUGAAUUAGUAAACCGAAAAUCUACUAAUUUACCAGAUCACAAAAUGUUGAAGGUUCGAAUCAAAGUGGGUUCUGAUAAUUUGUCGACACAAAAAAAUGCUGCAAUCUAUAGUGGUCUUGGCCUUGAUGUGUCACCAUCUUCAUCACUGGAUGACAGUCCCUCUGGAAGUGAAGGGAUUUCUCAUGGACCUCAAGAUUCUCCAUUUGAAUCUCCAGCUCAUAUUCUUCAGAUAAUGACUUCAUUUCCAAUUCAUGGGUAUUUAUUGCUAUCUCCUCUUCCUGGUGAUUUAAUUCACUUGAUAGAAAAGGAAAAGCUUCAUAAAGGCAGUGGAUCCUUGCAUGCCCGUACAGUUGACGUAGAAAGUUCUGGCAUUACAGUUGUUGGGUCUGAUUCUAUAAAAGGUGAUGGAAAAAUAUUGCGUGAAAAGAAAAUAAAGUCACUAGAGAGAAAUGAAAUAUCGUCAGAAUUAAAAAGCGGAAGUAAUAAGGAUUGUCUAUGUCGUAUUGAUGCUUUGCCAAAGAUGAUAGACCUUGACACUUUGGCCAGUGAGGAAUUUGUUUCUGACAAGCUAAAGCUUCCUCUUUUCUCCAACUCAUCUUCUGUUACUGAUGCAGCAAAAGGAAUGGGUAGGAUAUCUUAUACAUCUAGAGAAGCAUACAAGGGUGGAAUGAGGGACAAAGGUUCUGAUCUAACAAAGGAGGAGCCAGUAGGGCUGUCAUAUACACAUGAGGAUGCCGGGUUCGAGAAUGCCAAAGCCACUUCAGCUGAAAAGAUAUGGGAUGACAAGAAAGCUAGUUCUCUUGACAGUGUUUCUGUCUACCCUAAGAAAGAUGGCAAUUGGAAAGGAGAAAAAGCUUGUGCCUCUGUAAAAACUGACUCCAAUACAUCAAAGGGUCUGAAAGUUGUAAGCUCUGAACUGACUGACACUCCCAAGCAGAAGGCUGAUCUGAAAGGCGUAUCCCAUGAACAGGAAGCUUCCAAGGUUCCUUCUGGAAAGGAGCAUUCAUCUUCUGAGGGGAAAAAGAAACUAAAAGAUAGCUUGACAGGUGGCUCUUCUUUGGUGCUCAAAAAUAAGAAAAGCAAUAAUGAGGAUGACUGCCCUAAAGGGGAGUUGAAAGACUCAAACUCACAAAAGAAUACUGCAAAAUCUGGGGAUAGGUAUAGAGAUUUUUUUGGGGAUAUUGAACUAGAUCAAGAAGAAAAACAGAUGAGUCCAUUGGAAAGGAGUUUUGAAGAUAGGCAGAAGGAUUCUGACAUGGGUGAAAAAGUUUCACGUUUCUCUAAUAAUGUAUUAAAUGAGAGAUCAAGUGGUAAGAAAACUGAUAAGCUGUCAAUGUCUGAUAUGCAUCUUAAAACAGCUUUGAGAGUUGGUCCCUGCUCUGGAAAUGGGCCUUCUGAUGUUGGUCCUGCUGCAACAGAAGACAAUUGGGUCUGUUGUGACAAGUGUCAGAAAUGGCGGCUUCUUCCACUUGGUAAAAAUCCUAAUGAUCUACCGGAGAAGUGGCUGUGUAGCAUGCUUAAUUGGCUGAAUGGUAUGAACCGGUGUAGUUUUAGUGAGGAGGAAACAACAAAUGCUGUUUUGGCAUUGAACCAGAUCCCUGCUCCAGUGAGUCAAAAUAAUCUGCAGAUCAAUCCAGGUGGAGUUACAUCCAAAGUAACCUUAGUUGAUGGGCAGCUUGAUCAGAACCACCAAGACUUAAGUUUGCAUGCCAUGCCCAAUAGUGGAAAGAAGAAAGCUAUCAAAGAUGGUUCUGCUCUCUUGCAAAACUCUAUAAAGAAGAGUGUACUGUCACCACUGACAAAUGGAAGCUUAAAUGAUGUGAACCAACCUAUGGUAACUGAACCUGAUCUUCUUAGACUAAGCAAGUCUACUGACUUGGCUGCAGAGAAGUAUAAACAUAAGCAGAAAGAGAAGCAUAAAGUACUUGACAACUGUUCUGAUGGAGGUGAUACUAGGAAAUCAAAGAUGAAAGGCAAAAGGGACCUUGAGCAAGAUUUAUUCAGGGCCUCCAAGAAAAUCAGGACUGAAAGUUUGCAAAAAGAUUCGGUGUCUGAUCAUGUAAACAUUGAAAAGGUAGGUCCUAGUUCAAGUAACGAUCUGCCUAACAACAGCGGCCACACUUCUUCUAAGGAUCAUGUGCUAGUUCCUGCUAGAAAACCAAAAGAUGAGGUUCUGGUUUCCAUGGAUGAUGAGCCCAUGGAUUUAGAAAUUGAAAAAAAGAGGAAAGUAAAGGGAAGUCUUGAUUCUCAAGCUAAUCCACGUACCCUCUCAAAUACAGGGCAUAAUCUCCAGGAAAGCAGGAUCCUGGCUAAGGAGGAGUUCAGUGAGAAUGAGUACAGGAAAGAGAAGAAAGCCAGGACAUCCAGGUCUGAUGGAAAGGAGUCCAGUGCAAGUAAAAGCAAUAGUAAAUCGGACAAAAAAAAUAGUCACAGAAAAAACCGGCAACUAGGACAAGAUGUUGGGAAUACUGUGUCUCAACAGAGCUUGGAGGGUGUGGAUCCUUUGAAAAGGGAUUUUGGAUCUCGACAUCCUUCUGUGGCAGCUACUUCUAGCUCUUCUAAGGUUUCUGGUUCCCACAAAUCCAAAGUCAAUGUCCCUGACACAAAGGGAUCUCCAGUGGAAUCAGUUUCUUCAUCACCUCUGAGAGUUUCAAAACCAGGUAAGCUUAUGAUGGUGCAAAGGAACUUCACUGAGAAAAUUGACUCCACUGAUGCUGGUUUGUUUGCCCUAGGUGGUCAGAGAAGGUGUGGUGAUGCUGAAGAUGAUGGUGGGAGUGAUCAAUCUGGGAUAGCAAAGAAGGAUAAAAUUCUUGAUGUGGCUCAUCAUGGUUCCCGCACAUCCUCUGUGUUUGAUCUUCAGGAAAAAGACUUCAGUCAUGUUUCUGGUGGUAAAGCUAAACAGCAGAUUGUGCCUUGUCCUGAUGUCAUGAACACCCACUCUGCAAAUGGCGGUGCAGAUUACUUAGUCCAAGACACUCAAUAUCCUGGUGAAACUACAUCUUCAGAUCGAUGUCGCAAAGAUGAUAGACAACGUGAAAAUAAUUAUCAUGUGAAUGGUUCCCAUCCAAGGAAGACCGAAAAAGGAUCCUCUUCAAGAUCCAAAGAGAAGAAGAGAUGUUUGAAUGCUGAACUUGACAAUGGUAAAGUUAUGGUUUCUGACUCAACUAUGGUGCAAGCACCUUCCUAUGAAGAGAAACCAAUAGAUGGUAAAGUUAAGAUCGAAGAGAAGUUUGGGUUCAGAUCUGAUGGAAGUGAGAAUAGGUGCAUUGAUAAAAAGGACUCAACAGGACGAUUGUCAUGUGAAACUAGUAUAAAAGAGAGUCUGUCUAAAUUUCAUGGACACAAUGGUCCUGAUAGUAAAGCACAUGCUAUUUCCAGCCAAGAUGCAACCUUUACACCAAAGCAGAGUCUGCCACUUGAUUGUGAGGCAGUCUCUGGGAGAGGGAAGUCGCCAUCGUUACACUGCCCUCUACCAAUUUCUGGGUCUCAGAAAGGAAAUGGAGCAAAGAUUUCAGUUAUUAAUGCCUCUGACAGCAAUAAUGCAUCGAAGAUGCAGAAACAAAUCCGAAAGGUUGAUCAUGUAAAUGGGACUCGUCCAAACAGUUCAAGGGAUCCCCUGUCAAAUGGGCAUAGGGGCAGGGAUCUUGAUGCCCCAAGUCCAGUUAAAAGGGAUUCCUCCAGUCAGGCAGCUACAAAUGCACUAAAAGAAGCUAAAAAUCUAAAACACCUGGCUGAUCGUCUUAAGAACUCUGGGUCAAAUGUCGAGAGUACAAAGCUUUAUUUUGAGGCUGCCCUCAAGUUUCUUCAUGCAGCCUCUCUAUUGGAAACUUGCAGCAGUGAGAGUGCCAAAAAUGGAGAGAUGAUACAGUCAAUUAAAGUGUACAGCAGCACUGCAAAACUCUGCGAGUUUUGUGCUCAUGAAUAUGAGAAGUCCAAAGACAUGGCUGCUGCUGCCCUGGCCUAUAAAUGCAUGGAGGUGGCAUACAUGAGGGUAAUUUAUUCUUCACAUACCAAUGCGAAUAAAGAUCGACACGAAUUGCAGACAGCCCUACAUAUGAUUCCUCCAGGUGAGUCUCCUUCUUCUUCUGCAUCUGAUGUUGAUAACUUGCAUCACCCUGCAACAGUGGACAAGGGUUUUUUAGCCAAAGCUGUUAUUAGCUCUCCUCAAGUUACAGGAAGCCACGUCAUUGCUGCACGAAACCGUCCCAAUUUUGUGCGGUUGCUCAAUUUUGCUCAGGAAGUAAAUUUUGCAAUGGAAGCCUCAAGAAAAUCCCGGAUUGCUUUUGUGGCAGCUAAUGGUAGCUUAGGAGAAACCCAACAGAGAGAGGGUAUAGCUUCCAUUAAAACGGCUCUUGAUUUUAAUUUCCAAGAUGUAGAAGGAUUACUACGUCUGGUACGGCUUGCAAUUGAAGCUAUUACCCGCUAGAGAAUCCAGUUGUUUGUUGAGAUCGUACCAAAAUUUGGGAGGAAAUAGAAGAGCCUAGUUAUUUGUGGCCUGGUUUCCUCUGUUGCAGUACUUGAGACUUCUGCCGUGUGACUUGUCACAACAUCUCACCAGCUCUGUUUUCUGUACAUACAGGAAGGAUUUGAACUUCUGGGUAUAUAUUUUUUUCAUCAGACUUCAGCUGCUUUCUGAUGCAGAUACGGACCAUAAUGUUACAUCCAUUUCAGGAUUGGUAUCACGGAAAUAUGACUUCUCAACUUCUACAGAAAUGAUUGUGAGGUUGUAGAAAGUGGCAGUUUUAUGAUGCAGCAGGACUGUGGUUGAAGAAAUAAGUGAAUAAAGUUUGAGAACCUCGACUAUAAUAUGUGUGGGGUUGUAGGAUUCUGAUACCAGAGUGUGCCGUCUUUCUGAUAAAUUUUUUGUGCGAUGAACAUUAGCUGUGAUUUUAAUUUGCUAGGUACAACAUGUUCCGAGACAUCCGAAGGAUGAGAAUUGUAAAAUUUGUGCAUUUACAUGAAUCUUAGUUCUACUAUCAGAGACUACACUGACUUUCUUGGUACAGGAUAUCUGUAAAGAGGCCAAUUAUCUGGCAGUCUCAGGUUGUCUUCAGGAUGUUCUGACAAUUCGGUUAGAACAAAAUUUUCUUUGUUAACGUAGACAAGCAGGAAAAAGUUGGAAAAGUUGUAUAUUCAACAAAUAACGGUGCAGCCAUGUCAGUUCACUUGCAUUGUUUUUUUUUUUUUCAAGAAGGGGCUAUAUGUAUGUAUACGAUCAGGUUAAGCAAUAAUGUGAGCUUCAUUUGUUUUUCUUUUCCCUCUUUUUGGGGUAGGGGUGUAAGCUAUAUAGCAUCAGCCAACACGGAGUAAAUAACUGGUAAAACUACCGUUUCUUUAUUUUUCUUAGGCACUCAGGUUAAUAAUAUCCAAAGAAUCUCAUUCCAGUGGCAGCUGCCUGUGCCUUCUGUGUCUUUCCCAGUGCUUCUAGACCGCAAAAGAGUCAAAUUUCCCUGUGGAUCUAGCAAGCAUUGCUUGCAGUUCUCAAAUGAUGAGCGAUACUUGGCAGAAAGGAAAAAAACAAAAAAGAGGAAAUAUUGCUUUCAAGUUCAGCAACUGUGGUAGUGUCAGCAGCAGACAAGGCUGGCUUUUGAAACGCAUUUUGUCUGGAUUAUGUAUUUCUGCAUCUUAUUUCAGCCCCUACCCCCAUGUUUCCGCUCAAAGACUGCUCAUCUACAGAAUUGUUCAUAUUAAUUGUAAAUUUAGUGACAGGUUGGUUAGAUUCUGAAUUAUUCCUCUCUGGCCUUCUCAGCAAAAUAUGGAAAAGCAAAUGUAACACUUUCUCUCUUACAUUACGUGUACAGGAGCAACAGCAUUUGUUGAAGUAAGAAAGUUUUGAAAAUCGGUUGGUUCAUUUUAUGGGUUUACUUGCCUUGAUGUUGGACCAACAAUUCAGAGA